ACUCUCUUCUGACGCUCUGCUGAAGUGGAUUAGCACCAGGUUUACAUCUUGACAGGCCAACAGCUAGCCUCCCACAAACCCGGAGGACUAAAAAGCCAAUUUAGGUGCUCGGGACCCGGCUCCCUCCCCGCCUCUCAGCGUUGGGCUCCGCCCCCCGCAGUACGGCCUGCAUCUCCCGUGAGCCUCCUCGACUGUCAAUCCUCAGAAGGGAAACCCCUUCCUGCCAGAGAAGCCGCAGACCUCGAAUCGCCUGGAGUAGCGUCCGUUACGUCCAGGCCUAGAGGCGGGACUUCCGCUCCCUCGGGCGCUGUCAGUCAGGAGGCGGAAGUUGGUGCCGGCGGGAAGGUUGUAGUGCGGAGCAUCGUUGUGCUCUUGCUGGGUUCUGCGUGGGCGCGCCCCUCCUGCACAACCACGACCCGACAGCGAGGUUUCUCGGGGCUCCUCGCAUCCGGAUGAUUGUAAAGUGCUGAUCAGUGGCCACUGAAUAGAAUUGAAACAGAAUAGGAAGAUGGCAGCAAAUCCUUCAGGACAAGGUUUUCAAAAUAAAAACAGAGUUGCGAUUUUGGCUGAACUGGACAAAGAGAAAAGAAAAUUACUUAUGCAGAACCAAUCUUCAGCAAGUCACCCUGGAGCUAGCAUCUCCCUCUCCAGACCCUCUCUUAAUAAGGACUUUCGGGAUCAUGCUGAGCAGCAGCACAUUGCAGCCCAGCAGAAGGCAGCCCUGCAGCAUGCUCACGCACAUUCAUCCGGAUACUUCAUAACUCAAGACUCAGCGUUCGGGAAUCUCAUUCUCCCUGUUUUACCUCGCCUUGACCCAGAAUGAAGACGGUGUCUGGAUAAAGGGACCUCGUACUAUCCAGUGGCAGAGCUCACACUCAGCUCUGUACAAACUGACUUUCGGAACUUUGGAGAACUUAGUUUUUGUUUCUUUAAGAAAGGAAUAGUGAGUGAGUGAGAAGAAGGGAGCUGGAUGCUGCGGACUUUGGAAGCUCUAUUGCUGGCAGAGUUGGUUGUGCUGGCCAUGACUACGUUUUUUGUAUUACCAUUUAACUCUUCACUCUCAGACUCAGAAUCGCUUAGUUUCAUAAAAUCUGCAUCACGUUCUUCAAGUCGGACUGAAUGUCUCCUACAUGAAGCCCUGGGGUUGACCCCAGCACUACACAGACAAGCUCUGAUGUGCAUGCCCGUAAUCUCAGGGGCAUAGAGAAACACAGGCUGGAGGAUGAGAACUUCAAAAGCCGUCCUUGCCUAGGUAGUAGUGAUUUUGAGACCAGUCUGAGGAUAUAAGACUGUGCCUCAAAACACACACACGCACAC